AUGGCGUCUAAAACGGUGGUUACCCUCGCUAUUGCUGUUGACGAAAUGGCUCGGUUUGCUUUGAAGAAGCUUUUGUUCUGCGACGAUACAACAAAAACCGUUGAAAUAACUGAUGCCCGGGCACUUGCAUUACUCGGCCCGACGAUUGGGGUUCCUCUCCAUGGCCUGGCACGUCUCAACGUGGAACUUACUGCGUCUCAUGCGGCACACUGCGGCUACAUUGAUCCAGCCAACGAACUCCAAUAUAGUUUCUAUCCGUCGCAGCCGAUUUAUGCGUUAGCUGCAAACGAUUAUCUAUAUCAGAACGAGGACAAGCUCGUAUUAUGUAUUGAGGCUCUGGCUCGUGUUUUCUCGCGAGGCUGCGUCGAUACAGGGGAGGCUGGCGAAUACGCCAGUAGAAUAAUUCUACUGUGCGCGAUGAACAAAACUGUUCACGAUUUGAAGACUCUCGACAAAGCUCGUGCCGGUACGGACAACAAAGCUCCGGAUGGUAUGGACAUUGAUUCACCGCCUGACGAUAUGAAGACUCUCGACAAAGCUCCGAAGACUUCCAACAAAGCCCCGAACAUUCCCGACUCGCGGCCCGUGGAACUAAAAGAGUUUCCUGGCGCGAUUCCCGUGGCGAAGUUUCUGGAAACCCUUACCGGAAUUUCAGCAAAUACGCUGCCUCUGGGUUCAAUUGCUAGUAAGCAGAAGAAAAGACUGUUGGAAGAGGGGAUGAUGCAUUGGAAUCACUUCAUCCAACGCAAGAAGACGCCGACGACUGAAUCAUUGAUGGAAGGUCUGCACCGAGGGGUGGCUAUGCAAUGUCAGCAUAGCCAAAAGGCAUUUGAUCAAGUCUUGACAAUCUACUUGAAGGAACGAUCCCGAGAUUUUCUGGAACCGAAAAAUAUCUCAUUCUGUGGUGUCCAGGUCAAGAACAUCCAACACGACACAGCCGCCCAGAAAUACCAGUCGUUGAUGACCCCUGAAAACGCAGGCAUUGACAUACCCGAUGUCAACCCUUAUCUUGCGCUGUUCUUCGACUUGAAUUACUCACCGCAAACUGUGAAACAAGCCCAAGCGGGUGACCCUGAAGAUCGCGUGAACACCUACCAACUACCUGCUCAAGGAAAACCAGAUGUUCGCCAGGCUUCCCUGGUGUUCUAUGGUCUUGAUGCUUUUAAUUUCCUCAGUCCCGAAUUGAAGCAAGCUUUGAAUAAAUUGAUCAAUACCAAGGUGGAUCUACUAUCGCGCCAUCCGGACGACCUUGGCCAGAAGUAUGCUAAACAAUUCUUGCUGCGCUCUGAUUGGAGUUAA